AUGUUGGGAUAUGUAUACAUGGUGCUUUACACUUUCGCUGCCUCUGAGAUCGCAUACAGCCUUCGUUUGAAGUACACAAGUGUGAUUCUUCGACAGGACGUGUCAAAGCUAGAUGAUAUCAACGCAGCCAGCGCUAGAAUUGGGGGCCAAGGAAUCCAAGAGAUCCAGAGGAUAGAAGUUGGCCUCGGAGAGCAGUUAGGAACAACCAUGCAACUCAUGUCGGUUGUUCUGUCGGGUUUCAUCAUCGCCGUCGUUGCCCAGUGGAAACUUGCGCUAGUUGUAUCUACUAUGAUUCCAGCGACUUUAUUCACGAUUGCGCUAACUGUCAUUGUCGACCUGCGUUGGGAGAAGAAAAUCCAACAUUUGUACACGCAGACGACAGACGCUGCGAAAGCCGCCCUUACCAAUAUCCGAGAUAUUUUUGCCUCCACGGCUGAAUCACAUAUUCUGGUUCAUUAUGACAGGCUACUUGAGCAAGCUAUGAGAUAUGGUCUCAAAAAGGCUCCAGCGGUGGGUCUGCAAUACUCGUUCGAGAUGUUCUUCGUUACGAUUGGAUACACACUGAGCUUUUGGUAUGGAACCAAGUUGCAUUCCGAGGAUGAUGUACCUAUCGGUAGUAUUGUGACGCGCGCAAUCAUCAAUAACCCCCCAAUCUUAAUCCUCGACGAAGCGACAGCUGGCUUGGAUGUGCAUGCAGAAGUCGCGGUCGAAGCUGCUCUUGAUCGUGCGUCUCUGGGUAAAACCGUCAUAAAUAUCACCCAUAAACCCCGACAAGCCAAAAAGGCCGACCACAUGAUUGUUUUGACAUCGCAUGGGGUAAGCCAUCAAGGAUCUCCGGAUGAAAUAAGAAGAAACAAACCCGUAUUCUUUCUACUGGAUGAGGAUUCCAAAGGCUUGUUUGAAAACAGCAGCGCGCAUGGUAAUUCAAUAGAACCAGCACCGGAGCCAAAAUCGGUCCCAAUUGGCUCACAGCACUUCGAACCCGGAGACUCCAUUGCCUUGUUAGGCGUGGUGGUGAAGUACUCGCUGUUACGAUCCAUCGCAAUCAUUAUGUAUGACCAAAAGAACCACUGGCGAUGGAUGCUGGCCCUCUUGAUCCCUUGCAUACUUGGUGGUCUUACCUUUGGUGCGGAAGCCAUCAUUUUUGGGAAAAUUGUCCGUGUUUUUUUGCUGCCUGUCGCCCAGGUCCAUAGUGCAGCUCGCUUCUGGGCAUACAUGUUUCUUGUCGUUGCAAUUGCGACGUUUCUGAUCUUCGUCGCCAUCGGUCAUAAUGGCACGAUUUUGAAUUAUAAACUCAGCAGGGAGCAUCGCCUUCAGUACCUCCAAAAUAUCAUGCUACAGAAAAUUGAAUUCUUUGAUUUACCACGCAACUCGCCCGGGGUCCUAGCGGAGAAACUACUGCAACACCCAAAUGAAAUUGAGGACCUUCUAGGGCGCAAUAUUCCCGUCAUUGCCAUCAUGCUUGUGACUGUGAUUAGCUGCUCUAUCCUGAGUCUUGUGACAGGUUGGAAGUUCGGCUUGGUUGCUGUCUUCGGCUGCCUUGGUCCCAUAUGUCUCGCAGGACUUGUCAGGAUCCAGCUAGAAUAUGUCAUCGAACACCGGACACAUGAGCUAUAUUACGAGAGUGCGGGUUUUGUAUCCGAGUUUCUGCACUCAAUGCGAACGGUGACCUCACUUUGUCUGCAACACACGCUCUUGUCUGAGUAUCGCGAGUUGCUCAGCAGGCCUUUGCGCGAAACGCGAACGAAGGCGUUGAUAUCUUUGUCAUUUCUGGCACUGGCGGACUCAUUACAGCUCUGUGGUCUAGCCCUCUUGCUUUGGUACGGCGGAACACUGGUUGCAAGUCGCCAGUAUACCCUCGAGGCGUUUUUCACCAUUGCAUCUAGCAUGUUCUUCGCAGUACAGGCAAUCACGAAAUUCUUUGGGUUUGCAUACAAUGCAUCUAAUGAGGCGAAGAAAGAACUGGCAGUUUCCUUCCAGGAAGUCCAUUUCCGAUAUCCGACUCGUGAGUUGCCGAUCCUAAACGGCUUGAAUGUAGACGUGAGUAGCCCAUUGCGGAAAAGAUCAGGAGCGGGCAAAAAGUCGCUUUUGUUGGGCCUUCUGGCUGUGGAAAAGUUCUACGAGCCAUCUUCGGGAAACAUUUACUUCCACGGUCAGCGCUCAGUCGAAUUGGCAAUAGGGGACAUGCGACGGCGCACAGCGCUUGUUCCUCAAGGGCCUUGGCUUUAUCGCGGUAGUUAUACGAGAAAUUGUAGUUCGAUUCGUGAAAAUCUCUGUCUAGGCCUGGAUCGAAAUGUCACUGACACGGAGAUCGUUGGCGCCUGUCAAGCUGCUGUAACCCAUGACUUCGUAUCAUCAUUGCCACAAGGGCUUGAAACACAGUGCGGAGAAAGUGGUGGGAUGAAAUUCUCCGGUGGUCAACGGCAGCGCCUCCUGAUUGCCCGGGCCCUACUCCGGAGGGCAUCCUUACUUCUUCUCGAUGAAUGCACAUCCGCACUCGAUGGCCCGACCGAGAAACUUGUAGCACAUGCGUUGCAGCACAUUCCCCACGAAGUCACCGUUAUUGCCGUAGCCCAUCGUUUGUCGACCAUUCGCAAUUUUGAUGUGAUUUUCGUGUUGGACCAUGGAUGCGUCGUGGAGCAAGGGUCGUACGAUGAGCUGAUGAGACUCCGUGCGCGGUUCUACAACAUGCAUAUAUCAAGAACAGACACCGAAGACAUUCGACAAGUCCAAAGCAAAUGGGAAGAAACUCCAGAAACACCUUCGCUGGUGGAAAAUGACGAUGAAAAUGCACAAGAAAAGAAUAACACCGGAUAG